GAAAAAUAAGUUCCAUUUCCCAAUUCAAAAGUCUAUUUCUUUCUCACCAAUCAUUCUUCUUCUUAUCAACAUGCACCAUUCUCUUUAUCUCUGACUCUCUCUUAUCUUCUCUGUUCUCAAAGCCCAUACAGGUAAAAGAACCUGCUCCCAAAGUUGGCUCUGCAACAGAACAGAACACUUAAUAGUAACAUCACUAAUGAAUCCACUCACAGAUUCAGCUUCCUCAUAUUUUCCAACUCUCUUCAAACGCCAUCUUAACUUGACUUCUCUUCUUUUCCCUUGCCCUUUUAAACUCAUCUUCUCAAGUCCACACAACACACACACAUUCUCUCUCUCUCUUAGUCUUCACUUCUCAAGAUAACAGACAAUGGAAGAUGAUCAUCAUCACCAUCAAGUAGAAGAAGGGGAGGAGGAAGAAGAAGAGAACAAGAGAGACGAAGACACAUCUUCUAGAGUAUUCCCCUGCCUCUUUUGUUCAAGAAAGUUUCAGAGUUCACAAGCCCUAGGAGGCCACCAGAACGCCCACAAGAAGGAGAGAACAGCUGCAAGAAGAGCCAAGAGGGCUUACGAUUUCGUCAACAACAAUGACUUUCUUCACACGCUACCUCUAUUGUUAUCUUCUCCUUCUCCUUCCCCACAUCAAUUGGCCAUCUUAAGCUACCCAUCUUCUACCUCCUUUGGCUGCUUUCCAGCUCCUCAUCCUGACCAUCCUAUCUUCAGAUCCAACGGUGCUCAUGUCGCGUUAAGUAGAUAUGUCAAAGGAGAAUAUUUUGGUCAAAAACUUGUUCCAGAUUUGGAUCAUAACUAUAACGUGGUGACUAGUGAGAAUGGUAACGAUCAGUGUCUUGAUCUAUCCCUCCAUUUGUAAUGUAAGGGUUUAUUGUUAGAUCAGUGGGAAAAGAUAUCGAAUGUGCCCACAUUUCACAGAGUA